UUUAUUUUUUAUCGUAUAAUUUUUCCCUUUUGUUAUUAAUUUACUCCGCUACGCAUAAGUUGUAAAAGAUGUCGUGGAAUUCAACAACAUCCUACGUGACCGUGCAAUAUACGAUUGCCACGAAGAACUUCAUCCGCAGUGUGGCCCCAGUGUGUCCGCGUAGGGGAUUUGUACGUCGCUACAUGGCCGAAUUUACAGUAGAGAAACAAACGAAUUAUCCCGAGAUCCCCGAAGCGUCCUGGACAGUGACGAUUGAAAUCGGGCAAACGGCCGGAAUUACCAGCAUUGAUGUUAAGCCCAAGGAAGUGCUGGAAAAUGCUGACGGGAUUUUGGUGGAAGUUUCUUCUAGUUUGAUCCAAUCGAAAUCAGCAUACUGGCUUCCGCGCAAAGGCAGCGGCCCGCCGCAGUACCGCAACACCCACCAGAUAUCAUCCCUCAGUGAUCUCGUAGUGUUUAAUGACCAGGAGGAGAGUAUCAGCGCCCGCUUCACACUGCACCCAGACAAAUUCCUCUACGUCAACCUGGCCUUCCACAUCCGCCGCGAACAUCCGGUGGACCUGGCGUCCCUCCGCGACACCGGGGCCUUCAGCGACUGCACCCUUAUCGCCAACGACGGCCGCUCGUUCCCCGCCCACCGCGCCAUCUUGGCCGUCCAGUCGGCGUUCUUUAUGGAAAUGUUCCAGGCGCACGAUGUCACUUUGCAUACGCUGGUGGAUGUCAGCGGGGAUGUACUGGAGAUUCUGCUGCGCUUCGCCUACGACCGGCAACUGGUGGAUACUGACGGAAAACUGCGGGAGUUGUGGAGACUGGCUAUUCGGUAUCGGUGGACGGCGCUGCGGUGUGCUUGUGAGGCGAAAAUGCUGGAUGACGUGCAUGCUGAAAACGCACGACGCUAUUUGGAGUACGCGCAGGAUAGCGAGCUGCAGGAAAAGGCAACGGGGUCGACGUUUGACGAGGCGGUGCAAGUUGUGAAUGAUGCAUGCGAGCAGAUUAAGGCUCUUUAGCCUCACGCACAUAGAUUCAGGAAUAUGAGUAAACGCAUCAGCUUGAUAUAUCAAGAUGCAUGUGUGCAUGCUCUAUCCAAUGCGAAAGGACCGGUUAACAGUUAACCGUGCACGCAGCGACCAUUCUAUGCCGUUUUCACCAGGGUCCAGGACAUGGCGAACCAUACUUCACCGUUCUCUAUGGUUAAGAUGUUAUUUCCUUUUGUACAGUUUAUGAUGACAUUUGCGGACGCCGAACCUUCUCCUACCUUGUACGGUGGCUAGAUACAGUAACACCUCGUCAAUGUCGCCACGUACAGUAUUUACUGGCCGCGACUCGCGGCCAGCGAGUAUACAUUAUACCGAGUAUCUACAUUCCCAAGCUUACGGAAAGAAUCAAAAGGUGCUGGUAACCAUUGGCGCUACAUGCGCGCAAAGAAAGUCAGCCGUCUAUGUAUUUCUGAUCGUCUAGCCAAAAACGACGAAGCAGAAACUUUUCCACGCGUGCAGCAAAAGAAAGACUGGACGGUCGCAAGUCAAAACAGCAAUUUUUUUGCGAUCGUAUCCGCGACGAAAAUUAAGCUCAUUUAAGGGAUUUGGCCCGGUACAUAGCACCAAGUUCGUGCACAUCCAGGGGAACUUUCGCUGCUGCGCGCUCCCAAACACUUUUUUGCAUUGCUUUAUGGUAUUUUGUAGCCAGAAGAACUGUUUACCUAAGUGAAAAAACCGUGUGCGCGAGCAAC